AACCCUGAUAACCCGGAUAUACGAUAACUUUACAUUCAUUCUUGUAGAAAUGUGUAUAGAAUAGAUUCGUAAAGAGAUAGUUUUGCCUGUCUACUUUAACUAGUUUUAUACGACAAGCCCAUCGAUGAUCAAGUUGACAUGACCAACAUGAGCCUGCAAUCAGCAAUGCCGCAAAUGGGCAUGGCGAUGUCUGACAAGGGAUGAUUCAAUUCAUUCGACCAUGGAGCCAAUAGCUCCAUGGUUCAACAUGUUCAACUUCAUAGUUUUUGGUCCACAAUGGCUUGAGUUUCCAUCGAACCGUGAAAAGUAAGAAACGCAACAAUGGAGGGCAAAAGUGAGAAGGAACUUGCCCUAGAAGAAGACCCUCCCCCACCCCCACCAGGCGCCGCAGUUCACCCUACGCCUGGACCAACGCUAGACUCCUACAUGAGCAUCGAUGACAGCACGGAGGGUUACGAUUUGAAGUUUGAACCUUAUUUGGAGCAGAAGUACGAGUGUCCCAUCUGUCUUAUGUGUCUGCGGGAACCAGUGCAAACUGAAUGUGGACACCGGUUUUGCCGUGCGUGUAUUUUGCGUUCACUAAGGGAUGCAGGCAACAGAUGCCCUGUAGACCAACAACCACUGCAAAAGAUGUUUCCUGAUCUUUGUGUGAGACGGGAAAUCAUGGAUCUGAUGGCUCAUUGCCCUCAUCCGGAAUGUGUCGAGAUUGUAGAACUCAGAAAUAUGGAGGCUCACCAAGAGAUGUGUCCAUAUGGGCUACAACCUUGCCCCAAUCAUUGCGGUGAAAUGUUACAACGCCGGCGUAUCGACAACCACAUGAAGAAAGAUUGCUCAAAACGACCCAUCAACUGUGAAUUCUGUAACGUUGUCAUCGCCCUGGACCACACGCAGGUCCAUCUAGAUACAUGCCCAAAGGUUACCAUUAGUUGUGAGUACUGCAAAGAGGCGAUGAUACGAGAACGACUCAUGGUACAUCUUAAAAAUCUCUGCCCUAAGAUGGUCGUCUUGUGUCGAUUCCACGCCAUUGGCUGUACUGAAAAGAUGGAACGUGAGCUGAUGACAGAUCACCUGACAAUGUCAAUGGAGAAACAUAUGGAGUUAAUGGCCUCAAGAUUAGAAGUGAUCCAACCUCCACCCAAUCGUUCCUCAUCACAUCAAGAACACGAGGUACCAGACCUAUCUAUGUUUGAGCAUUAUGAAUAUUCAGUUUAUCCACCAUAUGCAAGCCCCAAAGUCCGACCAGCUACCGCAGACAUGGGCACCAGUGGCAUGGGUACCGUUUUGCCAUCUGUUGCAUCAGUCUACAGCCCUUCUCCAGUUCCCGCGAAGACAUCGGAAGUCAACUUUGCCCCGACAUUCAAAUCAGGAGUAACGGAUACAGAGAAACACGCCGCCAAGACAUUAGAUCAAGAAAAGUUGCAACCGUCUCAUCUGAAGACGUCUAUGAGUGUUCCUCAUCAAAGGGAGAAGCCUCACAUCAUGCAAAGAUUCCCCUCUGCCGAUCCUCGGUACCCCGCCGCUGAGUCUAAAAGCUCCUCUGUCAACCCACGAAUCACCGCUGCAGAUCACCGGUAUUCAACAGGAGACCUCAGUGUGCAAUUUCGCCGGUUCCCAUCCGUCGAAUCUGACUAUCAAGACGUUGAUGUCGGCAGAACCGUACAGAAAAUGGCGGAAGAAUUGCGAGCGUUGAAGGAGAAAAUGAAGGUACAAGAGCAGCGAGCAGCCAUGCAAAAACAAGAAAUGAUUGAACUGCAUCUGAAUUCCCAGCACAGAAUCAAGGAAUUGACCGACUCCGUAGCAAAGUUAGAAACUAGACUUUGUGGUGGUGAGUUCUACUGGAGACUAGAGGGCUACUCCGGGUUGUUACAGGAAGCAUCAAGGGGAGAGACAAGUGUACGUCAUAGUCAGGGAUUCUACACUGGUUUCUACGGCUACAAACUCUGUCUGCGGGUCAAUUUCAACUCCCCCGAUAGCGGGCACAGUCAGCACAUCUCGCUCUUUGUUCACUUCAUGAAAGGUGAAUUUGAUGAUAUUCUGGAGUGGCCGUUCAGCGGCACCAUCACGUUGUCCAUUCUAGAUCAGAACGACGACACGUUGAAACGGAAACCUAUCAGCGAAACGCUCGUAGCCAAACCAGAGCUGGCUGCCUUCCUACGACCUCGAACAAAUCGUAAUCACAAGGGGUUUGGAUACAUGGAAUUUGCACCCCUUGAAAUGCUGACUAGUGGAGCGUAUAUCAAGAACGAUAGCAUCAUAAUCAAAGUUAGAGUUCAUUAAUACAUAUUAUAACUAGGGGUGUGCAUUUAUGGGUAGUACAGGAACCGGGCUCCCGAUUGAAAGAAACCACAGGUACCCGGGUAUCCAUUCAAGAAACCCAACCCCAAAAUUCAAAUCUCAGAGGUUGUGCUUUUCAGAUUGUUUACCAAGGUCCAUGUAAUAAUACUACCGCAUAUGUUCGUCAAUGCAGAAAGAUGCAAGUGUGUACACUGUACAGUGAGCUGUAUAAUUAUAAGAUGGAAUUUUUGCGCCGGGGUGAUAUUAUUCAAAUUAGGUUUUGCCCUUCACCAACGUUUUUAAACACUGUAUACUC